CUACAAGAAACUUUUCACUCUAAGAGCAUCUCCUGCAUUUUUCUGCAACUGUUUCAGUUUCCUCAGCCCAAAAAAACUUCCAUUCAUCAAUGGCUUCUUCUUCCUCAGCAACUACUAAGUUUGCUUGUUUGCUCAUCAUGAUGGGCUUAGCUUUGGCAUCACCAAGUUCGGCCCUUACCAUUACCUGGGACCCAAAGUUAUGCCCAGCUAGUUGCCCCAUCACCAAGACAGUUAACCUUUUAGAGGCCAUCACUUUCGACGUCGCUAGUUUGGUAUCACCAGUUGUGGUGUACCAGGUUGAUGCUGCUGGCUUCGCCGCUUGCGAAGUCAGCGUUUCAUCGUUUGUCAACGUCAUCGCCAGCCCAUUCAUUUGCAACCUUCUCGGCGACCUCUACUUCAUUGCUGAUAAAGCUAACUGUCUAGCCGGAUUGAAAGGCCACGUGACAGUCGCCGGAGUUCUGUAAUAUGGAAAAUUUCCCAUCACUUCAGAGUCGAC